AUGGAUUCUAAAGAAACCCAACAACAGCAGAACCGCAACGCCGCCGCGGCGUUAGCGGGUCACACCUCCACUUCUCAGGCCAUGCACAACCGUUCAUCUGUCGGGGCUCUCUCUCUGCGCCAGCCUCAAGCUCUGCAAGGGGUCAUGCCCGACGGAUCGCCUUACUCCGCCUCCGUCGCGACCCAACAACCGUGGAGGCAACUCAAACGAGGACGAGGAAGACCGAGGAAGUACGCUCCUCCUGAUGGUGGAGAUAGCGGCAGGGGUGCAAAUGCUGGAGGAGGAGAAGAAGGAUCGUUUACAGCUCAUGUCAUUAACAUCAAUGCUGGAGAGGACAUAGCUGCCAAGUUACUGGCGUUUGUGAAUCAAGAACCACGCGACGUCUGUGUUCUCUCAGCUUUAGGAGAUGUAUCUGUUGCGGAGCUAUCUAACAAUCCUCUUGGUCUUGGAUUAGUUAAGUAUGAGGGCCCAUAUGUUAUCACUGCUAUGUCAGGUGUUUUCUCGAGUACUGAGAGUAAUGGUACUGUGACCACAACUGGUAACUUGAACGUGUCUCUGGCUGGUCCUGAUUUCAAGACUGUGGGGGGUCGUGUUGGUGGAAUGCUUGUAGCUGGAUCACCAUUCCAGGUCAUUGUUGGAAGCUUUGUACCAGAGGGAGUGAAACUGAGCGCAGCUUCGGGACCAGACAAUGUGUUGAACUCAAGUGGUGGUGGUGGACCAGGAUUACCUCAGUCUCAGGGACCAAGCAAGUCAUCAGAGGAAAAUGCUAGUAAAUCUCCUGGCAACAAUGCUCAAUAAGCAAAUGGUUCAUGGGUUUUCUUCUCUGUUCCAUCAGAAUUGUCCAUAAGUAGAUUGAUCUUUCUUACUCUCUUGUCUUCUUCUUGUUCAUACUUCUCUUCGAUGUAGCUUUGGGUUUUAGAUAAAUAGAAAGAGAGAGAGAGAGAUGUUAAAGUACUUCAUACUUUUAGUUUGUUACUUAGUUUCUUCUGAUUGUGUGAUGAUUCUGUAAUCAACGACAUGAUCCGGUUUGGUUUCCAAGAGGUUUCAGUUCAAUUUUUUUUAUAAAAAUACUCUCCUAAUGUACAUCUUCUCUAUGUUUUCAAUAAAAAAAAAUUGGUCAGUACAAACCAAAAAACUAACUAUAGUUUUCAUAAUCUGUUUGACUUUUACUUAUCAGCGAAAACUUAUCUACAUUUGUAUGGCUUAAUAAUAAUGAUUUUUUUUGGUUCUGAGAACCAACACUCAUUAUCAAAAGUCCAACACACAUGCAUAGUCCAAAAGCAGUAUUAAACCCUUACGGAGGGUUAGUUUUUAGUCCAUAACUCCGGUUAAAGUUCUGGAGACUAAAUCUUUACGGAUCUCAACAAAAUUAACAUGCAAUAUUUUUGGAACCACUGGUCUUUCAAACAUGUAAUGAUUCAACUAUGAUUGUGUCAUAUAAAAUUAUAAACAAAAAAAAGAAGAAGCAAACUCGUAUUUUCCUCCUUAAAUCUUCUCCCAUAUAUUCACAAAAUGUAUAUUUGCUAGUCUUAUUAUUAUUCUACUCCCUCCGUUUUUUAAUAUAAGUCGUUUUAAAACUAUCCACAUAAAUUAAGAAAAUUAUUAAUUUCUUAUAUUUUUGAAAUAAAAACAUCAUUAAUUAUUUAACUAACCACAAUUUAACUAAUAGAAAAAUACAAGAUAUAUUAUCAUUGGUCAGACAACAUUAGUUAUUAAUAAAUGUUAAAUAGAAAACCGAAAUUGACAUAUAAUUUAGAGCAAAAAAAUUUCUGUAAAACGACUUAUAUUGAAAAACAGAGAAAGAGAGUAUUAUUAGCAUAUUAUUAUCAUUCUAUUAGAGUUCCAAUAUCAUUAACUCAUAAAUAAACAAAAAUUAUCCACAAGUCUUUGUCUUGGAAGUUGGAACUGUUGAUCAUGAAGUCAAUGUUGCAAAACCACACGUAUUUGUUUUCUAAUAAAAUUAAUUAAGUAUCCUAACUUCUUUCUUUGUUGCUACACUUGGAAACGAGAUAAAAACAAGAUCACGUACUUUUCACAUUUCUGCUCUUGGCAUAGACGUUCUAUUACAAAACUAUACUAAAUUAACCAAUUAAAACAAAUGACUAGUCGAACAUGAAAUGGAAAAUGAUUCAACACACGUAAUCUAACAUUGUUACCAGAUUAUGUAGGACAUAGUAGCCACUAUUAAAUUUCAAAUGACCAAAAAUGAUAAUACUCCCUCCGUUCCUUAAAGUUACAUAUUCUAGAUUUUUCGCACGUUUUAAUAAAAACACAUUAAAUUUACAUAUUUUUUGUGUUUAUUUUUUUUCCAUAAUUUUAAACCAAUAAAAAUUCAACUAGUGCAAUUAAGUUUUUUGAAGUUUGCAAUUAGUUAAUAAAAUAUGCAAUUAAAAUAUAAAAAAUAGAUCUUUUUGAAACAAACUUUUUCUAUAGAAUAUGUAACUUUAAGGAACGGAGUGAGUAUUAAACACUGGUUGUAAAUACAUAGACAUAGAUGGAAAUAAUUCUUUUGAUGUUUCAUUUUAAUUGGUGUUUUAAGAUUUUGUUUUAGAGCAUCUCCAAAAAGGAACUCUAUUUUGAAGUUUCCAAAACUCUAAAUUUGAAGUUUAAAGGUGUUCUUCUCCAAAAGCAAAA